UCGUGUUAUGUAAUUGUAUUAAAAUAACAAUUUUUCAAUUUAAAUCCAUCUGUUAGUUUAUUUAUCAGUCAGUAAAAUGUGUACGCUAACCGAGCAUCACAAGCAGCUUAUACACGAAAUUGCGAUAAAAAAUGGAUUUGCGGAGUAUGAGCUCACUAUUGUACCUUGUUUAUCAAAAGGGGGCAAUUUUAUGGGAAUCGUUUCCGCUGUUACUAUUCACAAUAGUGAAAAAAAGUUAGAAGUUGUCUUAAAAUCGGCGUUUUCGUAUGAAAAGGAAAAACCUCCAAAGAUGCUUUGUGAUGCUUACAAACGAGAAAUUUAUAUGUACACAAGAAUUUUUGAAGAAUUUCACAAGUUUCAAGAGGAGUAUGGCAUUAUAGAACCAUUUAAUAGUGUAAUUAAAAUACAAAACUACUCAGAUAUUGAGGGAAGCCAGUGUUUGAUUAUGGAAAACUUAAAAACAGCAGGCUAUCAGCUUUGGGAUAAAACAAUUCCUUUUAAUCCGGAACAUAUGGAAACAGUUAUUAAAGAGUACGCCAGAUUUCAUGCUGUGUCGUUUGGUAUGAAACACAAAAAUCCUAAAUUAUUUGAAGAGCUCACUUUGCCGAUAAAAGGACAUAUUUUUGAUAAUGAGGAAAUGUUUACCAGUGUCGAUAAAAGUAUUACUUACAUUACCACAAUGUUUAAAAAUAUAUACGAGGCAAUAGCUGAUGAUAAACAUCUCACCGAAUACGCAAAAGAAAUUGAGAAUAAAUUACCACAACAUUUUUGGGAAGGAUUAAAAAGAAAAGAUUUAAAAUGUGUUGUUUCUCACGGUGACUGUUGGUGUAAUAAUUUCAUGUUUAAAUACAAAGAUUCUCAAAACCGUAUCACACCAAGCAAAAUUUGUAUAAUCGACUGGCAGUUGGCCAGUCUUAAUUCACCUCUUUAUGAUUUUGCGUACUUCUUUCUAGUACAUGCAGACAAGGAAACUUUAAAUAAGUAUGAGGAGUAUUUAGAUUUAUAUUACAACACGCUAUCCAAACAAUUGGAGAACUUUGACUGUGAUCCACAAGAAGUAUUCCCAUAUGCAACAUUUGAAGAACAUGCCAAUUUUUAUGUUUUGAAUCAUAUACUUACAGUCACUAUAGUACUAAAAAUAAUGCUAUGUGAAACUGAAGAAGCACCAGAAUUCUCUGAUGCUCUGGAGGAUAUGGACAAAAUGAUGGCCGGAAUGGAAUUCGACAUUAAAAAUAAGGAAAUAUAUAAUGAUCGACUAAAAGAUUUAUUUGAAUUUUUGAAUAGUCGUAAUUUUUAACUCUUAAUAUUUAUUAUAGUAGUAGUUUUAUUAUUUAUGUAAUUUCCAGAAAUGUGUUUAUAAAUAUGUAGUUCCAACCCUACAAAUAUAAAAAGUUAUUUAUUAGUA